AUGCAUAUGGUCGAAGACGAAGAGUUGGUAGAAAUGUGUAAUGUUAUCGCAGCUCUCUUGAUACUUGCCACAGCUCUCGCCGAAGAUCUCAUCCAAUGGGCUUCCGAAAAACUCACCUUACCCUCAGGCCCUAGCGAGACGGUGCUUCGUGCUUUAAGAGCUAUCUAUUAUGCCUUUGCCCAAUUCCAGAGAUUGGCCGACCAACCCAAUUUUGAUAUUGAAGCGAGACCCAAGCUAUUCAGAGAUUAUUGUUUCGCGUACCUCAAAGGAUGCUUUAAGUACUCGAUCUUAUUCCAAAGACUCCUCUCUCCCGAAGACCAAUGUGAUCAUCUCGACUUCUACACCGAGGCCCUCGAGUGCGGUUUCGAAUCGUGUUUCAAAUUCGAUACACCUACGGAUUAUCAAUACCCAAACUCGAACCAUAGUUACGAGACAUGCAAACAAACACUCAGUGAUUGCCUAUACACCCUCGAUCAAAUACCUCUUAAUUGUCAUUUGAGAGCACAGCCUGGAAAGCCGGUCCGUCCACAAUACUAUCGAAAUCCAGGUUCUUACGGGCCCAGAGUCUUACGAAAUGAGUAUCAUCCAUCGAAUAAAGCCUAUUUCUUGAAGAAGAGAAAAGCUGAACUCCUGAGGCAAGAAGAAGAAGAAAGUAUGAUGAGCACCUACAGCCCGGUAGAGAUGAUGUCUGAUGGACCUCAAAAUUAUAAUAACAUGGAUAUCAGCGGCAUGGAUGAGCAUCUCGAUUUUCGGAACCCGAUGGCGUAUGAUUAUGCGGGGAGUUGGGAUAGCGUUACAGAGCACCAGACAAAUGUAUAUGCAAGUGGGGAGAAUCCUGGAUCCAUGCCGUAUAAUACGGAGGAUGCGGCGGUGAGGGCUUAUGAGGAGAGGGGGCGAGUAGACAGUAACACCACAUCCUCUUCACUAUCAUUACCAUCACCAGGUAUGCCAGCAUCGGGGCUAUCGGAGUCGUGGAGUGGAAACACAGAUACCUACCUACGAACGAUAUCAUGA